GUUUGUUCUGAAAGUUUACGUUGACAGAUGAUGGUUCAAGCGUUUUAGAACAAGGAUACAUUCAAGCGCCUAUCGGUUUCCGAUAAACAAGACGGUGUCGACUGUAAACUUUACCGCAGGCGAAUCUGGGCGAACCGUGAACUAAAACAAUGGCAGCUCAAAUAUACAUUUUGACUGCAACAGUCAACAUCGGUCAGCAAGGUGGAGUGGACCUGCCAGGAUGCAUGGAAAAAAUACAAAAGCUGAUGUGUUCCUACUCUGGUGCUACAAAAUGUGUUCACAAAUAUAAGGUGACUGGAGAGGCUACUGUUGUGGCAGUGUUUGAGGUUUCCAAUGUGAUAGGCCUGGAGCGCACAGUUGCGGGCCUUGCUCGCCUCGGUAACAUCGACGUCACAUGCAAGCCUCUCAUCCACUACGGGAAGUUUGCAGAGUACCUGGAUGUGCCAAACAGCUCCCACCUGCUGUCUGAGAACUCCUUAGCCUCAGAUAAACAGCUCCUCUGGCUGCAGUUCACUUUGGAAUAUCCAGGCAAGUCUACACAAGAUCUGGUGGCCACUUGGGCGCGUGAAGCAGCAGCGGUCAUCAAUGCCAGAAGUGGCGGUCUUCAUUUGGAGCUGUAUAAAAACGUGAUGGAGAGAAAGGUUCACUGUUUUAUUGCCAUUGACCCCAUUGCGGGAGAUAAGCUGUCCUUUGAACUGCCAGUGAUGCAAGAGAAUGGGAAUGGAGUGACCAUAGUGGCCCACGCAGUACACAACCUUGACGACUACUGCUCACGAAUCUCCUCUGAAACCUUCCCAAACACUGUCAGCAUGCAUGAUUGAUUGCUAGAUUUGUAGAUAUAUUAUUUAUAUUUUCAAUGUUGAUGUCUGUGACUUCAUUGGCCUCGACAUAAGGACCUGCCAUGGAAUGUUUUACAAAAUUGUUGCUACAAUGCAAUGAUUAAUUCAAGAAUUGCUGACUUAAUAUUUAAAUGUUGGAAUCUGUGGACCUGACAAUGUGACUGAUUGGCUUGUAAAAUGCUCAGAGCUAGGCAAGAAAUGUUAAGUGAUUGUACUAGGCAAUAAUCUCCCAAGGAAUAUUAACGUUCAGCUUAAUUAAUGUUGAAUGUCUAAAACGAGAUGGUGGGUUAUUGCAAAUGAGCGAAGUUCUGGUUAGUGAAGGACUAGACAGUUAAGUAAGGUUGUUUAUUUUUGACUUUGUACUUGCAACCGUGAUCAUAAAUCCCUUUCAAAAAGAAAUGUGUUGCCAUCAUAUAUUUUUGCUUAUUUUUCACAUAUAAACAUCUACAUUAGAACUUUCAUCACCAUGAACCAUUAAUAGCAAAAUAUUAAUGGCACAGUAUUUUUAAGUCCUUUAGAAUUUUACUAACAUUUAAUUUUGGUUUCUAAACAAAACUAGAUUAAAUGCAUAUUUCAGGUUUUAAAAUUUGAAUUAAUUAUGCUUUAGUGAAUUGCUUUGUUUGAAAAAAUGUGUAACUUUGUACACCAUGGUUUAUUGUUUAUUUUAGUACAAAUGGAAUUAAAAUGUGCAUUCAUAUACAAAUGCAUACUGCAAUUAUAUGCUGCUACACAUAAAUGAAUGCAAUACAUUGGUUAUUUUA